AUGAAUGCCACGGUGACUGAGGUGAGCUACUGCACUGGUUUCAAGCAAGAUGGCGUCGUCCCACCCUGCGCGGCGAAAGUUUCCGCCGUGGAAACUGGAGGUACUGCUGUCACAGAGUAUUCGGCGGACGCGGUGAUUGUUGCAGUGCCUUUGGGCGUCUUGCAAGCCGAUAAAGUGAAGUUCACCCCGCCGCUGCCGGCUUCUCAUGCGGACGCUAUUGGGCGCAUGCAGUUCGGUGUCGUCAACAAAGCCGUGGCCGUUUUCGAUACGGACUUCUGGUCUUCGGGAUGUAACAACGAGCUGAUGCUGGCAAUCAACCAGCAGAAUGCCAACAUUGACAGUCGAGGCAUGUUUCCUUACUUCAUGAACACUAACAAACAUUGGACAGGAACGAAUGCUUUGCUUGGCUUCGCAGUGGGAAGAUAUGCCAUCGCCUCGGAGCAAAAGACCGAUGCGCAAGUGGAGGCUGACUUCAUGUCCAGGAUCCGGCAGCAGUUUCCCAACGCUCCCAACCCCACCUACUUCAUGCGAACGAAGUGGGGGUCCGACCCCUUCGCCCACGGAAGCUACACUACUCCUGCAGGUCUCGAUGCUAAGAUGGAUGAGAUGAGGAUUCUCAGUGGGGCCGUAAGUGCUUCCCUCACACUGGCUGGAGAGCACACCCAUCCUAACUGGGCUGCUACGGUGCACGGAGCUUACCAAUCCGGCCAGCGCGCGGCAGCAGAUAUUAUGAGCGGGACGGCAACAGGCUCUUCAAGUCCAAGUGAUGCCAGCUCCAGCAUCUCCUCCGCAGGUGUUUGUGCGUUGGUGUUGCUGUACAGGCUUGCCGAGUGCUUUUGA